AUGUCAGGUUCUCGAUCCCCCACCGCUGCGAGGUCGCCAGCUUCUGGACAUGCUUCGCUACGACCAGUCUCUCCCACCGCAGCAAGACAACCACUGAGCCGAAGGAAGGACUCAAGAGCAUCGCGCGUAUCUUUCAGUCCAGAAGACUCGUUCAACGACACAGAUGGAGGCUCAGAAGUAGCCGCGCCGGCUCAGACCAUUCGAGAUGUAUCACAAGCCUUCCGAUCAGGGCGGCCAAGCUGCUACCAUAUGGCUGUUGUCACUCUGCUCGGAAGUCUGGCAAGCGGUAUGCCCCUGGCUUCCAUGUUCAAGGUGUACACAUACAUCAUGUGUGAGCUCUACGAUCCUACCAUCCGCGACGAGCCCAUCAGCCACAAAGGUUCUCGCCAGCUCAGCGCCAUCCGUACGCUUUUCUUUCCCACCGCAGCAGCCACUGUGGCGACCACAAAACUACCUCCAGCACCCGAGCUUCCCAAUCCGUCUCGCUGCUCACUACCUUGGGUGCAAAAGUCGACCUCAUCUUAUUCGGCUGGCAUGGUCACAGUAGGCGCGCUCCUGGGGCUCAUGACUCUCUCACGAGCCUCGACGCUUUCACGUCGAUUUGGACGCAAACCUUUGCUGUUGAUCGCACAUGCUAUCAUCGCCCUGGCGAUCCUAGUCUUUCGUUUCGCAGUAAUCCUCCCACCACUCGCCGGCGCCGCCGUACUAUACUGUGCUGUGGUUUUGUCGGAGGCUUCAGCAGGUGCGCCGCUCCGAAUUGCCAUACAGAACUAUGUCGUUGAUACGACAUCCGAAGCUCAGCGAGCUGGUGCCCUGAGCUUCAUCGAAGGGUUUGGUCAAAUCGGCGCCUUUCCCUCCAGUGCAUUGGGAGGUUUGCUAGCCAGCCUGACCAACGAGUUUUUUGCUCCCUUCUACGCCGACUGUGGCCUCAUGGUACUCGCUGUGGCAUACAUUCUCCUCAUUGUCCCCGAAAGCAAGCCCGGCGCGGAGCAAACAUUUGUUGACCAAUGGCUUCAGAACAACGAGGUCGAGUCCGCAUCCUCGCAGGGCGGUGAGAAUGGUAGGGGCGAGACUGAACAUGGAGAGGACAGUGGAGCACGCGACGAAUCGAAUGUGACUUGGUCCACUGUGCAUUCGGAUGGCGAUAUGUCCAAGUUCCGCUGGCGAUCGAGGCUUCGUAAGCUCAACUUUUUGCGACCACUUGCUAUAUUUUGGCCCCGACGAAGGCAUUACUCUCAUAUGACCGAACAGGACGUCAUCGAUGCACCUGUGCAAGAGGAUACAAGCACCGUUCAAGCAUCUGCCCACCCUAACGGCUCUGCUGGCACCGAUCAAAGUCAUACAGCUCAGCUAUCUACGGCAGUGCAAAGAUUGCAGAGCAGGAUGGAUUUUCGCCUGCUCAAUCUGGCUGCCGUUGUUGUGUUCGAAGAGACAUAUCAAGCAUUCAUGGUGCCGCUGCUGCUGCUCUACAACAGCGAGCGAUUCGGAUUUGAUGUGCUGCAGAACGGAUAUCUGAUCAGCGUCCUCCAAAGCACUCGUGCUCUCUUCCUCACCGCCAUCUUUCCCCCUGGUGUCGCCCUUGCUAGGCGGUACGUUGCCAAGGUUGGACUGGCAAGACGUCGCAAGCAACUUCGCAAGCUGAAAGAAGCCGCUCGACAGCAGCGUCGAAAUUUCAGAGCAACAUCCCGUAAUGACACCAGUCAUGCUGAGCCUGUCAACGGCAACGAGCGAGCGCCCCUCGUGCAUGAAUCCUCGAACGUCAAUUACGGCAGCGUAGCAGCAAGAGACUAUGGUCAUAGGGAACGUCCGAGUAGCGCUGGAGGAUCCGAAAUCGAGGCGCGACCAGCGAGGCGGCGGCCAUCCUACAGGUCGGCAGCCUCGCUUGGCUACUCUCAUCUAAAAUCCAACACGCGGAGCUCUAUGGCGUCAGGAUUUACCAUUGGCAGCAGCAACUGGGAGACGCAUUCGAUCUUUGCCAGCUCACCAUCCGAGCUCAUCAAGCGCAUUCAGCGAGGCAAGCUGGACAUUUCCAUCAUGGUAGCAUCCUAUGUGCUUGCGACCGCCUCGUUUCUCGUCAUGGCGACCUCUGCCAAGGCGCCGACCUCUUCUUCUCAUUCUACUGGUACAUUGUCGCACACCGCAGUCGAGGCUGAUAGGGAUGGCCAUGGCAGAUUGUGGUGGUCGAGCCCAUGGAUUCCAUUGGUCAUCUCGGUGGUGCUGCUGCAGAUCUCGUCAGGCUCCACCUCUGUGAGGACUGCUUUGGUAGUCAACGCUGUGUCCGAAGAUGAUCAGACCAAGGCAUUGGCAGCGCAUCAAAUUCUUGUCACAGUGGUCGCAGCAGUGGUUCCGCUACUUACGUCUUUCGUGUUUGGCGUAGCGCUCGAGAGGGGCCAUCCCGAGUUGGUGUGGUUGUUUAAAGCGUUGUUCGCUGCACUUGCGGCCAUUGGCGCUCUCGGGCUAUUCUGGAGCCAUCGUGGCUCUUACGAGAAGGCGCACGAUGACGAGGAUGACAAAGAUGGAGACACGGAUGACGUCGACGAUGACGACCAAAGCGACGAGGACGAAGGACAGCCGCAAGGAGAGAGAGGGAACUUUACCUGA